AACCACCAUCUCCAAUUCCUCCUCUCCAUCAAAAUCUCAGAACGCAAAACAUUCAAAACAGAGAAAAAAAAUGAGUUCCGGAAGAAGAGGUUGGGUUGUAGCGGCGAGCGUGGGUGUGGUGGAGGCCUUAAAAGACCAAGGAAUUUGCCGGUGGAAUCAUGCCAUAAGAUCGGCGCAGCAGUACGCCAAAAGCCACGUCAGAUCUGUUUCACAGGCCAAGAAGCUUUCUUCUCCGUCGGCCGCGGCGGUUUCCGUUUCCGACAAGAAGCUGAAGCAGUCGGAGGAAUCUUUGAGAACGGUCAUGUACUUGAGCUGUUGGGGUCCAAAUAAUUGACCCACGUCGACGGUGCCGGCGCCGGUCCAAGUAGAGCUUAAUUAGCCUAAACGGCGAUUCGAGGGAGAUUAUAAUUUUUAUUAGUUAUUAAUUAAACAAAGCAUUGGAAAUAAUGGCGCUUGCAGUUGAAUUUGCAAGCGUUAUUGUACUGUACAUAUAUAUCCAUUCCAAUUCCAAAUUAAUUGGAGAGCUUUGAUCUCUGAUGACAUAUUUAA